AUGUUCAGCUUACGAGUUGCGAGGGUCAAGCCCUUUGAAAUCACUAGAUGUCUCUAUGAAAGAGCUCCGAGCAGCAUCUUAAGAAAACAGCUCGACUUUACAAAAUACGGCCAGAUCUUUCUCUGUGCUCAGUGCCUCGCGGCCUACCCUCUCAGCAACUCGCGCAACAUCAAUUCUGCCACAGCCAUCGUCCUCAACCUCUCUUCUACGCCAACAAUCGCCCUACUCAAACCCGAUAUCGAGCUCGCUUAUAACGACCGGCCUGUCUACAUCCCGCGGCUUCUCAUCCACUGCCUCGCUGGGCGUUAA